AUGGCUUGGCCGGUCCGACUCUGCUUAAUCCUGAGAGCCCUCACGUGGGUGGCACAGGCUCAAGAAUGCCCCGGGGCUAGCUCCGAUAUGGUAUCCCGUAUCAAGUUCAAAUUGUACCCUAAUUCUCAAACCUUCCCCCAACCCGGAGACGGUGAAAUCGACUUUCUGAACAACAUCUCGACCUUACAGGACUGCGCCAACCACUGUGCUGUCAAUGAAAACUGUAAGGCGUCGGUAUGGAACGACAUAACCCACGACUGUCGACUCAUUCGUGACACGGAUGGUUGUCAAGAUGAAGAACCCUCCCAGCACUCUCUUUGGAGGGUUGGCUUCAUCGACGACACGGGCAAUAACAUCGGAUGUUCUCAACAAGAAAUCGACAAGAAAUGUUCUGAUAGAGAAACGGCUGCGCGUUUGGAGGCUGAGAAAGAAUGCACUAUACGCAGCAACGACCUCCGCGACGAAGUAGCACGCCUUAAAGCCGAAAACGCAGCCCUUCGCGCCGCCAGGAAUCAGGCAGAGCGAGACUUGGCUGAUAUAAAAACAGCCAGAGACGAGGACCAGAAACGUCUCAACAGGCAGUGUCAAGAUAAACUCAAUGACGAAAUUGAGAAGCGAAGGAAGGCCGUCAAGGACGCGCGGGAGGACGCUGAGCGCAACUGCAGGUCAAAACAAGACAUUGAUCUCCGGAAACAACUUGAUGAACUCAGAACACAAUGUACAGAGGAUCGGAACCGUUGUGCCGAUGAUUAUGACAGGCUCACUCAGAAAUGCGCUGAUGAUCUGUCCAGAGCCAAUCAGCAGCAGAAGGAUUGCGACAAGUGCAAUGAAGCCAUCCGACAAAAGGAAGACCAAAUUCAACAAUGCACUGAUAACCUAAAGACUGUCAAAGACCAACAGAAACAGUCAGAGAAACAAUGCCAGGCGGAGAAGGCCAACCUUCAGAAAGAUUGUGACACUAUCCGCAACACUGACAAGACACUAUCAGAGGCCACAUGCCAAGCUGAAAAGGAGAUUAUCAAAAAACAAUGCACUCAUGAUGUUGACGCUGCUAAAAGCCAGCUGAAGCAGCAACUGGAGUCCAAGUGUCAGGAUGAAAAGGAUAUCAUCAACAGGCAAUGCACUUAUGAUCUUGAUGCUGCCAAGAACCUGCAGAAGCAACUGGAGUCCAAGUGUCAGGCUGAAAAAGAUGUCAUCAAGAAACAAUGCACUUAUGAUCUUGAUGCUGCUAAGAGCCAGCAGGAGCAGCAAUUGGAGUCCAAGUGCCAGAAGGAGAAAGAAGAGCUCAACAACCAAUGCAAUGAAAGAGUGGUUAAGGAGCAGAAGACUUCGGAUGAAACAUGCCAAAGACAAAAAGACGAGCUUCAAAAGGAUUGUGAUGACCGAUCCAAGGCCCAAGCGCGGGGCAAGGACGAUAUCUGCUACAACCCAGGCUUUGGCGCCUGGCCUGAUACAAUUCCACCCUUUGACAUUGACGAUACUAAUUAUGUGCUGAAGCGCAACACUAAUCUCAGGCCAGGAUAUUCCCGAGAAGAAACGGCUAACUCACCCGCUAGCUGUGCUAGGGACUUCUGCAACAACGUGAGCGACUGCGUUGCCAUCCGCUGGGACGUCAAUAAGUUGAACACUUGUCAUGUCUUUAUCGACUCGCCGUACAGCCCAUUCGAGAAGAAUCGCUUGAGGGACUACCCCAACUCCUACAUUAUCGUCAAGACUGACAGGAUGCGGUAA